UGAAUGAGUCUUCACGGCCGCUGGGACUCUACACCUUUCACGCCGCGAAACUGCGUCGCCGUGCGGGGAUCUGUCGGGCGGGGGGAGACUCACGCAUUCGCAUUGCCUGGACCCACGGUGCAGCAGGACCAUGCUCACGCGGGUGAAAUCGGCGGUAGCCAAUUUUAUGGGAGGUGUGAUGGCUGGUGGCUCCAACGGUGACCAUCCCGGCAGCUCGGAUCUGCCGCUGAAAUACCCGUACAGCAGACCGGAGUUCCUGGGACUGUCUACGGACGAGAUAGAGUGCUCGGCGGAUCACAUCGCGAGACCGAUCCUCAUACUGAAGGAGACCAAACGGCUGCCGUGGUCCACCGGCUACGCAGAGGUAAUCAAUGCGGGAAAGAGCACGCUAAAUGAAGACCAGGCCUGCUGUGAGGUGCUGGUGGUCAAAAGAAGACCUGCAGGAAGCUCUACACCCAACCGAACCUCCAUGACCCGCAGGAGGUCAUCCCUGCCCAAUGGAGAGGGUUUGGGCCUCCGGGAGUGCCUGGAAAGCUCUGAAGACCUAACCCUCCAUUACUGGGCGUUGUUCGAUGGACAUGCCGGCUCUGGGGCAGCUGUCGUGGCCUCCCGCCUGCUACAUCACCACAUUGCACUGCACCUUCAGGAGGUGACAGAGAUCAUCUGCACUCCAAACCUGCUGCCACCUACAUGCCUCGGGGAGGAGCCCAUCAAUCACCACCUCACCCCGACAUCCCAACGCGCCCUCACCAGGGCUGCCUCACUCCGCGGUGCUGCAGGGGCUCCGGGCUCGCCCAGCACCCCACCCACACGCUUCUUUACGGAGAAGAAAAUUUCACAUGAGAGCCUCGUGGUCGGAGCCAUCGAGAACGCUUUCAAAGACAUGGAUGUGCAGAUAGAGAAGGAGAAGGCAGUCUACAACAUCUCAGGUGGCUGCACUGCUCUGGUGGUUGUCUAUUUGCUUGGGAAGCUCUACGUCGGGAACGCCGGUGACAGCAGAGCUAUCAUUAUCCGGGCCGGGGAAGUCAUCCCCAUGUCAGCUGAGUUCACGCCGGAGUCAGAGAGACAGCGCCUGCAGUUCCUGGCCUACAUGCAGCCCCACUUAUUAGGGAACGAAUUUACACAUCUGGAAUUCCCGAGGAGAGUCCAGAGGAAGGAGGUGGGGAAGAGGAUGCUGUACCGUGACUUCACCAUGUCAGGAUGGGCAUAUAAAACCAUUGAAGACGAUGACCUAAAGUUUCCCCUGAUCUACGGCGAAGGGAAGAAGGCUCGUGUGCUGGCGACCAUCGGGGUCACCAGAGGUCUCGGGGACCACAAUCUCAAAGUGCACGACUCUAACAUCUACAUUAAGCCCUUCCUGUCCUGCUGCCCAGAGGUUAAAGUUUACCCUUUAGCGCAGUACGAGCAUGGAGCCGAUGACGUUCUGGUGCUGGGAACCGACGGUCUGUGGGACGUCCUCUCGAACCAGGAAGUAGCCGAAGCGGUCACCUGUUUCCUGGCAAACUGCGACCCCGACGACCAGCACAGGUACACAAUGGCAGCUCAAGACCUCGUCAUGAGAGCACGAGGGGUGCUGAAGGAUCGGGGCUGGAGGAUAUCCAACGACAGAUUAGGCUCUGGAGAUGACAUCUCUGUCUACAUCAUUCCCCUCAUGUAUGGCAACAAGCUGAACUAACUGAGCUACGAAACUACAGCCACCACAGAAACGUAACCCUGCCUUGACUCCCACAGUACCCCUCAUCCCCUGUGCUCUUUUUAAAGUGCUUUAGAGUGGACUUCCUCCUCCGCGGAGGGAUCCAAGAUGUCUCUGGUCAAAAAUGAGAUUUUUGUCCAGGCUGUUUUACCCAUGAUCAUCUUUAAUCAGGAUGAUCUCUUUUUGUCUGUUCCCUUUUUAUAUAAGAGAAACACAAAAAGAGCUGCUAAAAAGCUUAACUACUGAUUUGUUUUUAAUCUCGAAGAAGCCAUCAUGAACCUUGUUGUGGGACAAUGCCUGAGGUGACGAGCAUGGACUCUCACGGAUGAGACAGUGAUGUGCAUCUCAGGAUUGCAGUUACUAAUUAAUGCACAAUAUUUAUAAAUGUGAAAAUGUAAAUACUCCAAGGCGUCUGGUUGAACACCUGUACAGUGUAUUACCCUGAAGACUGAUGUCCUGCAUAUUUGAACCAUACCUCCUCUGUUCCAUGUAGAGCUUUUAAAUUAGCCACGUUAGUCCAUUAUCCGAAGGAAAACGUGCAAGCCUUCCCUAGACACGUAUGUCAGCUGUUUCUCCUGAUGCUGCAGUUGCUAUUUUUAUUCAUUUGCACACCUUGCAUUGCAAUACUGUACUUACUACUCAUGAAGACUGAUUUCUUUUAAAAAUGAAGAAACACAUUUAUGAAGAAAAACACUAACAGGAGUUCCCUUUGAAUUUUGAUGUUAGCUACACAUGAACCCGCUCUCAUCAUAGUAUUAAAUCUAACCCAGCUUUUACACUGAUUUAAAGGUCCAGUGUGUAGGAUUUAGGGGAGAUAUAUUGGCAGAAAUUGAACAUAAUGUAAAAAGUGUGCUUUCUUUUGUGUAAAAUCAACUGAAAAUAAGAAUUCUCGUGUUUUCAUUACCUUAGAAUGAGCCGUCUACAUCUACGUAUGGAGUGGGUCCUUGUCUACGGAGGAUGCCAUGUUGCAUCAUGAUGUUUCUACAGUAGCCUAGAAUGGACAAACUCCUCAGAUAGGGUCAUUUGCUCUUUCCUAUCAGCCACUAUAGUUAGAAGCCCCCUCACAGUGAGCCGAACAGCAUUGGGGAAAAAAAUUAUUUUUUAAUGCGAGACUGUUUUAUUCAGUGUUUUUACUGGUUUUAAUCACCUCCCAGUUAAGACCUCCUCAGUGAACGCUAAGGGAAUCCUAACCAGGAGCUAGGGUUCUCAAUGGGCCUAAAAAAUUACAACCCAAACUGAACCGACCCAUGUCAGCUGAAGCCUGAACCCGGCCCAUCUGAUAUCAUCAUGUAAAAUACUGAGCCCACGCCCAACCUAUUCGAAAAGACACUGUCAGCUUUUAACACCUCGGACACACUGGCUGUGUGGCAGCGCAAGCCACACGCACAUCCAGUGGAAAAUGGACCAGCUCAGUGAAUCACAACUCUCCACACUGUAUUUUCUCACCAGAAAAACUCCCUGCUCUGGCCGGGAGGAAGGACAGACACGGAGCCUGGCUGCUCCCUCUCCUUCUUUCUCUGCCUGCACUUACACUGACAGCUCCCUAACCCCAACCCCCCUGCUGUGUUACUCAUUGGUCAAAAGUAAAACCAGGCUACAGCAAAAAAAAAGAAAAAAAAAAAAAGAUAUGAUAUCAAUCAAUCAGUAUAUUAUCUAUAAUAUAUUUUGCAUUUACAUUUUAAAGAAUAGUAAUGAAAUAAAUUAAACACGGAGUGCUCGCUUUUUACUAUUUUUUUAAUUAUUUAAAAAAUAAGAUAAAAUUCCACAGCCCUAUUUCUACCAGACCUAGAAAAUCAGUGCACAUUUCUGGCCCGCACUUGGUCCAACCUAUCAGGCUUUUUGGGACCCAGCGGGCUUGGGUUAAGACUGAGAACACUACACGGAGAAGGUUCAGCUGAUUGCAUCCUGCCGUCCUCACCACUAGAUAUCACUAAAUGCUACACACUGUUCCUUUAAGAAGGAAAAUCAAAAGUCUUGCACUAGUUCACUGUCAGCCAUCUACCUCAUAAUUUUGUUAUCGUAUUACACAAAACACAUGUUGUCAUUGUCCUCUUUGAGCGGCUGUUUGUAUGCUACAUCAGGUGCAUCAUCAGCUGCUUCCUGUGCCAUUAUUCAGUUACAUUGUAAUGAUUUGCGCCUGUACCUGCAAGAUUUGUCAAAAAAAUGUUUUCAGAAAAGCACUGAAGGGGGAAAAAACCUUGCAGCGAUCUGAGUGUUGGGUAGUAUUGUACCAAGUAUAUAUUUUUUAUAUAUAUUAACUCAAAAAACCCUUUGUCUAACACUUUUCUCAGUAUCACCUGGAUAUAUUGUCCCUGUUAAGAUAAACCCAUCCUUAUCAACAGCAGGUGCCUCUAAUAAAUAGAAUUGUUCCAAUUUUUAAUGUGUCACUUAUGAGGAAGUAGCUAUGAAUAAGACUAUCACUGCAGACAUUUAUGUCUCUAAAAUCAAUAUUAUUCCUUGAUUCACAUCUUAGUUUGUCUAGCUUUUGUAGCCCGUCUACUUGUGCAUAAAUAUUGUAUCUUAACUGUUGUACGAGUGGCUGAAGCUGGAAAACAUGGAACAGAGCAACUUAAUUUAAAUGUAAAAAUGUAAAUAAUGUUUUCAGUGGAUACUUCUCCUUUCUGUUACUCUAAGUGAUGCAUCAAAAGAUGUAAUUUGUACUGUUUUGGAAUCCUAGGAACACAAUAAACAUUGUUUAAAUGCUCACUUUUAUGCCCUAUUAAAAAUAACCA